AUGGUCAUCACUGUACAGUACACAUGCACACACAAUGGACGGACUCGAAGAUUAAAAAACGGACGUGAUGAUGCCAUCUGGGGGCGGUUUGGAUCGACGCCGUCGAGUACAGUAACAUCAGAAGUGCGACUCGCCAUGCUUUGGCGUGUUUCCGUUCCACUUGUCGGCAACGCUCCCACGUUUUGCGAUGCUGAUACAAGCUACGGGUGCCUCAUGGCUCCUCAUUUCAUGAUCAAGGGUGGUUUGCUUUGGCUUCACAGAAGUAAUCCCCCCUGGCUCCACGUGCUCCACCGCCGCGCUAUAGACCUUGGAUCCUUCGACUUGUGGGCUCCCACAACCGCAAAGCGCGCUAAGUUGGGACCCGUCAGUGGCUCUCUCACACCCUGCCCCCGACCCCGACUGUGGACGGAUUUCGGCUAG